ACCGUUUCUGUUAUGGUGUCGCGCGAGGGCGGAAGGCAGUCCUGGAAAUGUCGAGUCGUGUUGGCGUGAACCUCCGCGCGUCAGCGUAUCUACAUCAAGGUGACAGAAAGUAUAUGGAGGAUGAAUUCCAGGUGGCCUACCAGAGGACCCACGACAAGAAGGACAUCGAGUACGCCUUCUUCGGGAUCUUCGACGGCCACGGCGGGAAGGAGGCCGCGCACUUCGCCAAAGACAACCUAAUGGACAACAUCGUGAGCCUGAGAGCCUUCUGGUCCGACGACGACGAGGACGUGUUGGCGGCCAUCAAGGAGGGCUUCCUUCAGACGCACAUGGCCAUGUGGAAGGUCCUGGACCAAUGGCCUAGAACUGCUUCAGGGUGGCCAAGUACAAGUGGAACAACAGCAAGUGUAGCAUUCAUCAGAAGACAAAAGAUUUACAUUGGUCAUGUUGGUGAUUCAGGCAUUGUUCUUGGCUGUGAAGACCCAGAUGGUGGUUGGCAUGGUGAGGCUCUGACCCGGGACCACAAGCCUGAGAGUAUAGCAGAAAAGACACGUAUCACAGAAUGUGGUGGCAAGGUCAUAAACAAAUCUGGGGUGCCACGUGUGGUGUGGAACAGGCCAAAGUCAGGUCACCAGGGUCCUGUACGCAGAUCUACACCAAUGGAUGAAAUUCCUUUCCUGGCAGUUGCUAGAUCUUUAGGUGAUUUGUGGAGCUAUAAUGCUACAAAUGACCAGUUUGUAGUAUCCCCAGAGCCAGAUGUGUGUGUCAUGCCAAUAGAUAUUAAACGGCAUAGAUGUCUCAUCUUUGGUACAGAUGGCCUCUGGAAUGUGCUUACACCUGAUGCUGCAGUUAGUGUGGCCCAUUCAGCAGAGAAAAAUAAUGAAAAACAUUAUUUAGGCAUACCUACCUCAUGUGGGAAGCAAAGAUUAUGGGUGAAUCCAUCCCGCUCAGUAGUAUCUGGAGCCUUGGGACGCUACCUCAAACUUAAUCUCAGAGCAGAUAAUACAAGUGCGGUCACAGUCUUCCUUGAUCCUCCAGGCAGACCGAAGAGAGAGGUACUUUUGCAACAGAAGGGUAUGAAGAAGGGUUCUCCCACAAAGCCAGCUACCAGACGACCAGCUGCUGAAGAAGACAGAACACAGGAAGCCACAGUCAAAGUUCAUGUAUACAACCAGAGCCAAGCAACACGGCAUGAAGGUAACCGAGGUGUUCUAAGGAUUAAGGAGCGUCUUCCUGAGAAAUGGCAGACAAACCAACAAGACUUGGGUCAGGAAAAUCAGCCAGAUGGACCAGAUGAGAACCAGGGGUGUUCAGAUCUUGACCAAGAAAAUGGUAGUAGCUUAGGCUGUAACAGUGGGAGUAAUAUUGGUGAAGGUGGUCAUACCACUACACUAGGUGUGGAAUCAACUAAAGUGGGUUGUUCUGAGUGUGGCUGUGCAAGUGUACAUGCAGUUCCGAGUACAUCAAGUGACAAUGUAACUAAUGCUCAGGAUCAGUUUACAUCCCGAUUGCUACCCCCUACCAGUCAGGCACUACCACCGUCUAUGCCACGGGAAAGUAUAUUAGAAAAAAUGUCAGACUACAGACCAGAAACUUCAAAAGAGCCCUUGCCUGAAAGUGUAUUAGAAAAUGUACCAGAAAACAGAUCAGAAACUAGAACUGAAAUCAAACCAGAAAAUUUGACAGAAAGUAGAUUAGACACUAGGCCACUGAGAGAUGAUAUACAAAUUCCAGUUGUGUCAAGUAGCACCACAAGUCCAGGAAUAGAUGCAAGAGGAAGAAAGCACAGAGGAAUGGCUGGUAGAGGAAAGUCCUUAGGAGGGAAUUUGGCAUCAGAGAAGAGUGAUGGCAGAAGAAGGACAAGAUCGAAUAUCCAUGUGCCACCAGGAAUGGAAAUUGAAAAUAAAGAGCAGACCCCUGUUGCUUCCAAUAAUAACAAUGAAUGGAAAGAACAAGAGAAAGAGGAGACUGCAGGAACUAGUGCCAGGUCUUUGAAAGCUCUUGGUAAUUCUGCUGUUGAUCCAAGUAAUCGUGUGCUUAAGUCAGUUAAUAGAGGGACAACAGAAACAGUUGUCCAGAAUGUACCAAAAACUGUGACACCCAAGAGAAAAAGAACUUCUGACAUCGAAGCAGAAUCUGCAGAAGAACCUAUUCCAAAAUCUGCCAGGGUUCAUACUCGCUCUCACACAUGGAGCCAUAAGUCGAUGGUGACAAGAAGUCAAGAGAAGACUCACAAAACUCCCGCCACACCAAGAAAAGUCUUCAGAACAUCUGCUACUCCAAGAAAAUGAAGUGUGUGAGGGUGUGUAUGUUUGUUUUAUAGAUUUAACUGUGUUAUGGAAGAUAACUUUUAUCUUGCACAUUUUUCUUUAUUACAGAAUAGAAGAAAAUUAUUUUCUUAUCCUAAUUUUUUAUUUUUUGUUUUUUGUUUUACUUGUGUGAUCUCAUUAGAUUGCCUGUGAAUAUGUGCCCAAUUCUUGAGGUGCUAAAAAUGUUGCCUGGUGUAUCAUAUUAGUUGACAAGGCAUUCUCUGCAAAGUGCUGUUUAUGUAAAUAAUAAUCUCUUUUUUAUAAUGGAUAUAGGAUUACGGCUUAUGCAUUUUGUUGUUACAGGAAAGGUCUUUUAUUUUAACAUUCUGUUCUUGCACCACUGAAAGUUAAGAUAUAUUUAUAUACCAUAUGAAAGUAUCUGAUUUCAGCAGUGUAUGAUUUGUGUUAGAAAGUGAAAUGCAAACAAAUGUGAUCUUAACUGUCCAAAUUGUCUAGUAGAAGUUUAGAUAAACUGUGUGCCUUUUUUUGAACCAUAGUGCAUGUCCCAGGAUAUAAUGUGGUAGGAAUGCGCUGUGAGGAAUGGUUCAGAUUACAAGACGAAAUGUGAUGGAAGAAGAAAAAAGAAUGGAGGAAAAUGUUAACCUGGUUCCCUGGUCUGACCUUUGUCUGUGUCUUUGCUUCUGAAUGUGUUUCGUCUACAACCUUGUCUGAUAAUGUUUUUAGUUAUUUGUAGAUGUGUUGAGUGCAGUGAAAAUUUACUGUUUUUUUCUAACUUAUUUUUGUGCAACCAAUAGGAGAUCUUUCACUCAUAGUAAUGAAGUCUCAAAAUAUCAAAAGUUUAAGCAAUAAGAAAUGUAAUCAUCAAAAUUUUCCUUUUAAAGUCAGGUCAGCCAAAUAGUUAAGAAAUAUGAAAAGUUGCAUGUACUAUUAGCUUGUCUUCUCCCACAUUUAGUCUAUUGAGUGAUGUAUUUUGAACUCAGGAGAAAUAUAUUUAUAUAAAUAUAUAUAAAUGUAGCCCUAUAUGUAUAUACUAAUUGGCACCUGAAAAGGUCAUAUUUAUUUGGUUUAAGAUAAUGAGGAAAAAUUGGAAUUUUAAGUCAUUGUAAAAUGGCAACCAAAAAUUUAAAGGACCAAGUUUUACUGUAUAUAAGUUGUCUUGAUAGCAGUUUUAUAUAUAAUUUAUGAUGCUCUUGAAUAUCCUCAAGGAACAGAAUCAAGUUAAGUGCUUGGUCUGUCUGUGCUGGGUUUCAGGUAGUGAGUAUCAAAUCUUAUUGUAGAGAUGAUAAGGAAUGCAAAAAUGUUUACAUAUCAUUUACCUUUGUAUGUUUGUGAAAUCAUGUUUAACUUUUGGAGUUCUGUGCAAAAUUCGGCAAAAAAAAUUGUUGUUGAAGUUGCAUUCUCUUCUCCAAGUCUACAGUAUGGUUUAUGCUCUCAUGUAAGAUAAAUGUAAAUUUUUUUCUAUAGAAUGGCAAUGUGUAAAGUAAUUCUUUUGUGCCUUAAUAUUUAAGUUCUGUAAUCAACAAUACUAUCUUAAAAGGUAUUUGAAUUGGGUAAUAAAUUCUUGUCACAAUGUACAUGGAGAUGCAUUAUCUCGCAAAAGAGUACAAUUUUUUACCUGAGAUGUGUUUACUAUAUAAUUGUGAUUAACUGUGAUUUAUCAGUCUAUCAUCUUUAAAGCAAACAUUGUUCCUUUGAUUUAAAGCAAAUAUUUACUUUUUUUAUCUGGUAGUGAAUUUUAAGGUCUCAAAAAAUUUGUAUAUGUACAUAACAUGUAACAUUUAUCAUGUACAUACAUGUAACUCAGCUAUCAGAUGUAAAUAUAAGAUGUCUAUCA